CCCGGGGACAUGAAGCCGGAGUCGUGGAAAACGUAAUUUAUUCGUCGAUUCGACCCUAUAAAUGCCGAGUUGUAUUCUCAGUCGCGUCCAAUACGUUUUGUUAACAUGGGAAAACAAUGAUGUUGUUUGUGGGUUGUAGUUAAAAGUCAGUUGACUGCGAACAAUUAAGAAAGGGAUCCUAAUUGUUUCUGCCUAAAUUAUUGUGAUACCAGGAAAAUGGUACGGAGUAGCGACAAAGAAAGGCAUCACAGAAGACGUUCCCGGUCUCGCUCCCGAUCGCGUUCACCCUCACCUGAGAAAAAACGCAAACGAUCCCGCAGCAGAGAUCGUGAUCGUGAGCGUGAGAAGUCAACCCGUCACAGGGACCGACGUAGUCGUUCUCGGGAACGCGAGCGUGAUCGCGAGACCCGAAGAGAUCGUUCCGAACGUGAUCGCGACCGCGACAGGAAGCGCGGGGACAGUAAAGAGAAACGUGUAGAAUCGUCGAAGUCCUCCCGUGGAAAAGACCGAAAGCGAUCCCGAUCGCGGGAUAAAAAAGAUAAAGAGAAAGUUGAUAAUGAAGAUUUGCCCUUUGACCACACAAAACUCGACAAAGAGGAGGAGCAGAAGCGGCUCGAGCUGGAAAUGCAGAAGCGACGAGAGAGGAUCGAAAGGUGGCGUGCAGAACGUAAGAAGAAUGAGCUUGAGGCCACCAAGAAAGACGGAAAAUCCUCAAUUUUGGCAAAUCUCCAGUUGCCGAUGAAGAAGUGGUCGUUGGAGGACGACAGCGACGAGGAGACACCGCUCCCAGUGCACCUCAAAGACCCCAAAGACGGCGACGAGGAGAAGGAGGAAGAGGACAUUAGCGAAGUCGUCAAGACUGAGGAAGACGAGAUAGAUCCCCUCGACGCGUUCAUGGCAGAAGUUCAGGAGGAAGUGCGCAAGGUCAACAAGUUCGAGAAGGGUAAGUCGAAUACCAAUGGCUCCACGGGAAACCCUCAGAGUGGUGGUGUUGUCUUCGUAACGGGUGUCGCGAAGAAAAAAGUCCAGAAGCAAAAGGGAGAACUGAUUGAGCAGAAUCAGGAUGGGCUGGAGUACUCGAGCGAGGAGGAGGGGGAGAAUCUCCACGAGACCGCAGCUGGAAUCGCUAACAAACAGAAACGCGAACUCGCGAAGGUCGAUCAUGCCACAACGGAGUACGCGUCCUUUCGAAAAUCAUUUUACGUAGAAGUUCCGGAGAUCGCGAGAAUGACGGGGGAGGAGGUUGAUGCUUAUAAGGAGGAACUCGAGGGGAUCAGAGUCAAGGGUAAGGGUUGCCCGAAGCCUAUUAAGUCGUGGGCACAGUGCGGUGUUACGAAGAAAGAAUUGGAAGUCCUCAAAAAGUUGGGCUAUGAAAAACCAACGCCCAUUCAAUGUCAAGCGAUCCCCGCGAUAAUGUCUGGCAGGGAUUUAAUCGGAAUCGCGAAAACGGGGAGUGGAAAGACCCUUGCCUUUCUAUUACCCAUGUUCAGACAUAUUCUCGACCAGCCGCCAUUGGCAGACGGCGAUGGUCCAAUAGCGCUGAUAAUGACACCGACUCGUGAACUUUGCAUGCAGAUCGGAAGGGACUCCAAGAAGUUUACCAAGUCCUUGGGUCUCAGUCAUGUUUGCGUUUAUGGAGGGACUGGCAUCUCCGAACAGAUCGCUGAGCUGAAACGUGGAGCUGAAAUCAUCGUCUGCACACCGGGCAGGAUGAUAGACAUGCUUGCUGCUAACUCGGGUAGAGUUACGAAUUUACGGAGAGUCACUUACGUAGUUCUUGACGAAGCGGAUCGAAUGUUCGAUAUGGGAUUUGAACCGCAAGUCAUGAGGAUCAUGGAAAAUGUACGUCCAGAUAGACAGAGCGUUCUGUUCUCAGCGACGUUCCCCCGACAAAUGGAAGCACUAGCUCGGAGAAUACUAACGAGACCGGUUGAGGUCCAGGUCGGUGGGAGAUCGGUCGUCUGCAAGGAUGUGGAGCAACACGUGGUUGUUUUGGAAGAAGAGCAAAAAUUCUACAAGUUGUUGGAGAUUUUGGGGCACUACCAGGACAAGGGAUCGACGAUCAUCUUUGUCGACAAGCAGGAGAAUGCAGAUACCCUGUUGAAGGAUUUGAUGAAGGCAUCGUACUCCUGUAUGUCCCUUCAUGGAGGGAUUGAUCAGUGUGACAGAGAUUCAACGAUGAUUGACUUCAAAGCGGGGAGAACGAAGAUCCUGGUUGCAACUUCAGUGGCUGCCAGAGGAUUGGACGUCAAGCAGUUAGUUCUGGUCAUCAAUUACGAUUGUCCGAAUCAUUACGAGGAUUACGUUCAUCGAUGUGGGAGGACUGGUAGGGCUGGUAACAAGGGAUAUGCUUACACCUUCAUCACGGCCGAGCAGGAGCGGUACGCGGGGGAAAUCGUCAGGGCUCAUGAGCUCGCUGGUGUUCCCGUACCGGAGCCCCUGAGGAUCCUCUGGGAUAGGUACAGAGCGAAACAAGCAGCGGAGGGGAAGAAACUUCACACAGGCGGAGGCUUCAGUGGCAAGGGCUUCAAGUUCGAUGAGUCUGAAGCAGCGCUUGCUAAUGAGAAGAAGAAGUUCCAGAAGGCCGCUUUGGGACUACAGGACUCUGAUGACGAGGAUAUUGAGAACGACAUUGAUCAGCAGAUUGAGAGCAUGCUGGCGCCUAAGAGAACAGUGAGGGAGAUUGCAAGACCCUCUACCACCAGUGUCACUGUUCCUGGACAACCGGUGAACAGUGCCACGGAUAAAUUGGAAUUGGCGAGGAGGCUGGCCUCGAAGAUCAAUAUUGCCAAGAAUCUGGGAGCAGAGGCCAAGGGAGCAACCCAACAAGCCGCUGAAGCGAUACUCAAGGGUGCGGGACCAACGAAUCUUAUUACUGCGAAAACUGUUGCUGAACAAUUGGCAGCCAAACUCAACACCAAACUGAACUACCAACCAAGAGAGGAGGAUUUGGUGGAGGGUGAUGGUGAAGCUGGCGAACAAACCUUCCGAAAAUAUGAGGAAGAAUUGGAGAUCAAUGAUUUCCCACAGCAGGCGAGAUGGCGUGUCACCAGUAAAGAAGCACUAGCUCAAAUUUCUGAAUAUUCAGAGGCUGGUCUGACUGUCCGGGGAACCUACAUAGCAACUGGCAAAGCUCCACCUGAAGGUGAACGUAAACUCUACCUCGCCAUUGAAUCCACCAGUGAACUAGCCGUCAGCAAAGCUAAAGCCGAGGUAUCUAGACUCAUCAAAGAGGAGCUCAUCAAAUUACAGUCCUCUGGGGCUCACACCGGCUCUCGGGGUCGCUACAAAGUUUUGUAAAUCGAUUUUUCAUGUGUUCGUUAGAGGAGGUCGGAAAAUUAUUUUUUUUCUUUGGAUAUACAACUUUUGUUGAUUAAAAUCGUAUAAAAUAUCUUCAUGUACAUCUAAUGUUCAAUAUUUUUUCAUAUAAACACUUAAAUUAUUUAUAUUAUGUACAUUACAUAGAUGAGCAUAUUAACUUUCAGUUUUUAGUCUUCAAUCAUGUAAAGAAACGAUAAAUUAGUCCUUUAUAUCUUUGGCAAAUCAUUGAUAAUUAUCAAACAAAGUAACUAGUUUUUAAUAAAAACAUGGUCAAUGGUU